AUGCAAAGAUCAUCAUUUGGUGUGCAGCUUUCAGACCCACCUACUCCGCUUGAAGAAAGGAGUAAAACAAGUAUCGUCUCGCUCCCUCCCCCUUCACCUUCCAAAUUGUCUUGUUCAUCCGAUGACCCACCGCGUCAACACAUACUCUGGGCUGUUCCUCCUGCCAAUUCAAGCGAACGACAUCAUCAGUCUCAUCCAAGUACACCUGAUCUGAGCAAGUCUUCUCGGCAAUCCUCUUGUUCAAACACUUCUGAUUCUGCAAAAGAAGAAUUUUGGGGAGAACGGCCUCCAGCAGAAGUGGUGUUUGACAACAUGGAACGUUACUUUGACAAGCAGGAUUUGGAUAAGGAGGUUGAGGUGGCCGUGGACGCUACCAAUUCUCUAAGUCGUCGCUCAACUAAAUCGAUUCGCUUGGUAGCACGUGAAGCUAGUCGAAAAUACAAAAAGACAGGGGAAACAAUGGUGCGUCGUAAGAGCACUAAACUAUGGGGACAGCGCCUGGUCGAAGUAAAGUCAAAAAGUGCUCAUGUCAUAACAAGACUUCCGUCUGUGAGCGAGCACAUGAAUUUAUCGCAUGCAAAUACCUCUGGUACGCCCAUUCAGUGGAUACGUGGUAAAUUGAUCGGAAAAGGCUCAUUUGGAAAAGUAUACCUUGCCUUCAACGUAGGCUCAAGCGAAGUUAUUGCUGUGAAACAAGUAGAAGUGCCUAAAACAGUGUCGGAUAUGUUGAAUGAACAUCAACAUGAUGUUGUAGAGGCUCUCUAUCAAGAAAUAAUGAUGUUGCGUGAUUUGGACCAUGAGAACAUCGUUCAGUACUUAGGCUAUGGCAGGGAUGAUACAGAAGGUGUUAUCAACAUCUUUUUGGAAUACGUUUCCGGUGGAAGCUUAUCAAGCCGUUUAUCUGUUCAUGGUCCAUUUGAUGAGUCAUUGACAAGGUAUAUAACUAAGCAAAUAUGCUCAGGGCUUGCCUACCUUCAUUCAAGAAAUAUACUUCACAGAGAUAUUAAAGCAGCCAAUAUACUAAUUGAGCAAGAUGGUAUAUGCAAAAUAUCUGACUUUGGAUUAUCUAAAAAGAAUGACUAUGAUGAAGUGUAUGACGAAAACUCUAGAAUGUCACUUCGAGGCUCUAUCUACUGGAUGGCUCCAGAAGUGGUCAAGAAUGAACCCUACAGCGCCAAAGUAGAUAUAUGGAGCUUAGGCUGUACUGUUUUAGAAAUGCUCACAGGGCAGAGGCCAUGGCUAGCGCUGAGCCAGAUAGCUGCUAUUUAUAACCUCGGAAGAUUAAAUUCCCCAAAUAUACCAGAUCAUAUAUCAGAUUGCGCAAAAGACUUUCUUAAGCAGUGCUUCAUCAUUGAUCCUAUACAACGCCCUACAGCAACUAAUCUGCUGGAACACGAAUAUUUAAAUACAGAUCCAUCCUUCCAAUUUAAUGAAUACCUUGAGAAAGGAAAGAUAUAA